AGGCUUCAGUCUGUCGUGAGCCUCCACCGAAGAACGUUCCCCUGUGUCAUAAAUAACCGAAAUAAUCAACAACCCAAAAAACAAAAGCUUUUCUCUAAAAUAAACACAAGUAUCAAUCAAAUUGUAUAUGUGAUUAUGUAAUUUUUAAAAACAAUUAACAACGAAAAUUAUCAAAUUUAAUUUUUUGAAUUAAAAAAAUAUUUUUCAUUAUAAAAAAGUGUAAUUAUAAUGAGGACAUUCUUGUGGGAAUCGUUUAAAUGUUACGACGAUUACGGUGAAUAAAGUCGUAAAUAUUAGUAAAUUAAUCGAAUCUUUUUUUGGAUAAUCAUGUGGAAAUAUAGUCUUUUAUUGCUGUGUGCAACAGGUUUAUCAUCUGGUUCAACGGGUCCCCAGAGUGUAAGUGUGAAUUUACCAGAAGACAAUGCUGUGAAAAAUGUUAAAAUCAGGCGUUUUGCCUGUCCUGUUGGUUUUUUCCGGUUGAAAAGGAAUUGCUACUACUUAAGCGCUGGCAUAGCGCCAUGGAGGGAAGCCUACUUUCAUUGUAGAGAUAGAAAUGCCACUUUGGCAGUUUUGGAUAAAAAUGGCAAGGAUCGAAUUCUACGAAAAUAUCUCAUGGGCGAUCAAUUCACAAAGCUCGAGAGAUGGAUUGGUGGAAUCUACAAUUGGCAGCAGAUGGCUUGGGAAUGGGGAGUGCCUGGUGAAAAAAUUGUAUUCCAGAAUUUUGCAAACUUAAGUCAUGGGAAUCCUCAUCAGUAUGCUUGGCACUGUAUUGUACUGGAUCCGUUUGCUAAAUAUAAAUGGAAUCCAAGAAGUUGUUUUAAAAAGAAGCAUUACAUAUGUGAAGCUCCAGCUGGUCGAAUAGAACGGAGAAGAAAGAAGACAAUAGACCCUAAUCUUCAACCACAAAACCAAAAAAUGAAACCGAGAAAAAAGGGUAAAAAGUACCGAAAGGAGAUGGCCAAUUUACAAUCCCAUCGGCGUAAUAAAGCCCAAAGAACUUGGAGACGAAAUUCCAACCAAGAGUGGGCACAUGGAGUUAAUUUAGGAUCAAGGCCAUUGGCAACGUCAACUAAUCGAACUCGCCAUCGAUCGAACAAGAAUCACCUUCACGACAGGAGCCCCAAGAUAACUCAAGUCGCACCUCAAGGCUAUGGAUACAACACAUUCUUAGGAGAUGGACCAGUUCCUGCUAAGCAUCAACCUCUAACGGAUGAUAAAAUUUUAUCUCAAUACCAAACAAAAAUUAAUGAUAUAGCGCUCGAAGAAGUCUUACUAAAAAAUUGAGAACUUAAUAAUUCCCUUAUGGGAAACCAUAUCGCUUAAAUAAGUAUUUAUCUCUCUUCCUCUAUUCUUGCUUGUAGCAAGAAAAUAGGUGUUCUAUUUAUUAGAAAUUCAUAAUCAAAUAUUGCUCUCUCUCUUGAGCUUAUAAUAUCUAAUAUUAUAAAUGUUUUAGACUUAUAUUUUUUUAUUACUAGACUGUACAAGUCUCAAGAUAAAGUUUUAGUUUUUUCCUAUUUGUAAUUGAUUAAUUACUGUAAUAUUUCAUCUUGUUUUAUACUGUCAAUAUGCAUUAAGUGUAAUUAAUUUUAAUCGACUUUAUAUUUUAGACUUUUUUCAAUUAUGUCAGCGUGAAUAUCUAAUGAAUUACCAUUAAAUAGCUUUGUUUGUAAAUACUGUCAAACAUAACUCAAAAUAUUAACCACCAAUACAUCUCAUGUUAUAGCGAAAAAUAAUAAUUGUAUGUAGAUGACAGAUAUGAAUAUCAA